CCCACCAACCACCCCAUAUCCAAAAAGUCCUCUAAAAUCCAAUAUUUAAGCCUCUAUAAUUCCCACACCAUCAAUCUCCUUUCUGUUGCUCUCAUUUUCUCUCUCUCCAAGAGCAUAAUUUUCUCCUAUCUCUUCGUUUGUUCACGUAUAAGGUACAUAGCGAUCUUGUUUUAGAAUUGAGCGAUUGAUUUGAAUAAGUCGAUCGCUCAUAAAUUCGUUGCGUUUGAUCUUUCCUUUUUUCUUGGAGAGUUGCAGUUUGUUUGAAAGAAAACAAGAUGGCAGAGGAACAAAGAAUGCAAGAAGCAGGAGGGCAUAGGCUAUGUGCUAAUAAUUGUGGGUUCUUUGGCAGCCCCACAACUUUGAACCUUUGUUCCAAAUGUUACAAGGAUCAUUGCAUGAAAGAACAACAAUCGCGAACCGCCCAAAUUGCAAUGGAGAAGACUCGUCCCCAACAACAACAACAACAUCAAUCUGAAUCAACAUCUACGUACCUUUCAUGCACAAAGCCAUUGCCAAUUCUUGAAGUCUCACAACCACGAGAGACCGAGACUAUAGAUGGGGGCCCUCAGGUGCAGUCGAAUAGUACUGCACCUGAGGCCCCUCUGAUGCAGUUGAAUGCUAUAGCUGGAGCCUUUCAAGUGCAGUUGAAUACUGUAGCCAAGGCCCCUCAGGUGCAAUUAAAUACUGCAGCUGAUCGGGCCCCUCAGGUGCAGUCGAAUCGUUGUGCCACUUGUCGGAAGCGAGUUGGUUUAACAGGUUUCAAGUGUAGGUGUGGAGUCACAUUUUGUGGUUCACAUAGGUAUCCUGAGCAUCAUGGGUGUACCUUUGACUAUAAGGCAAUGGGAAGGGUGGAAAUUGCCAUGGCCAAUCCAUUGAUUAAGGCUGAGAAGCUUCACAAAAUUUGACUCAAUAAGGAGUAAUUUGAUCAUUUGAUCCAUGAACUGGUUAAUCAAACGGCCAAGAUGUCGUCUUGAUUUAUCAUAUGGAGUUGUUGCUAAUCAAGUUGGUGGAUGGGCUUUGAUUAUAUAUUUUCUCUUGCACAUUCUGUGAAACUUCUUUCUUUUAAGUAAUAAUGUAAGUUAGGAUAUAUUUUAUUGUUUCUUUAAUAAUGUAUGGUAGGACAUUUUAUUUCUCUAA